GAUAAAUCCCAACUCACAGGCUGGACUAUAACUGAGUCAACUCAUAUCCAAUUCGAAAUUUAGGCCAUUUGGAUAGGAUCUGAUUCCAGUUUCUUCAACCAAAUAAUCUCCUGGUGUAAUCUUCCUUUGGUCUGGAGUUUGCUCUCCUUCAAGAACCCAAAGAAAGCUCUUCUAUUGGCGCCUGGGCUGUUUCAAGAUCGCAACGCUUCGCGUUUUGUAGGUGCGCUUCGGAACUGAAGCGAUAUAGCGGAAGAACAGUUCUGCGUCUACUUCAGCAGCAGCGAUGAAUUCAAGUCCCACUUCUAAUAAAAAUGCUGCCUUGUCUAUGGACUCAAACCCAAAUGCGAAGAGGAGAGCAGUGGUCGUUGUGGAGAGGACUUCGAAAACUAGCGUGCUUCCCGACGGAGGAGUGCAUGGUGCCAAUAACGAUGGUGCAGUUUACAACGGGAAGGAUCUAAGCCACACGUUGUGGGGAGAAACUGCGCUUGAUAGGCCAAGAAAUUUGUCACGGUUGAAGAAAGGAGUUCUUGCAGCCUCAGUUCCUUCAAAGCACAGGAGAUCUGCACACAGGCAGGCAAAACCUCUUUGGCAAACUAUUCUUAGCACUCUCACUAAGAACUUGCUGCUUCUUGCUGCUCUGCUGUAUAUUGGCCAAGUAAUUUGGCGAUGGACCGCUGGGGCUAAGUAUCCUUUAUCCGCCUUUGAUUUUGAUAACCGAAUCUCAGAAGUGGAAUCAUCUUUAAAGAAAACGGCAAAAAUGUUGCAAGUUCAGUUGGAUGUUGUUGACAAGAAGAUAGGGAGUGAGAUUGGUAUUGUGACAAGGGAACUUGCGAAACAAAUUGAAGAAAAGGGAGCACUUUUUGAGAAGGAACUGAAUAAUCUUGAAGCUAAAACUGAUGAUUUGGUCAACUCUAUUAGUGAGUUGAAAGAUGCAGGCUUUCUAUCGAAGGAAGAAUUUGAGAAAUUUUUGACUGAGUUGAAGACUGGAAGUCUAGUUGAUGCUAAUAAAGAUGCCUAUCUAGAUCAUAUUAGGCAACUAGCUAAGGUUGUUGUUGAGAAAGAGAUUGAAAAACAUGCUGCAGAUGGCCUUGGUAGGGUGGAUUAUGCUUUAGCUUCUGGUGGAGCCAAGGUGGUUAAGCAUUCGGAACCCUAUGUUAUUGUAAAGGCCAACAGUUGGCUUGCUGUUGCUAAACCUAAAGGUGGCAUUCAUUCCAGCGCACAGAAAAUGUUAGAGCCGAGUUUUGGUGAGCCAGGCCAGUGUUUCCCCUUGCAAGGAAACAGUGGUUUUGUUGAGAUCAGGUUAAGAACGGGGAUAGUUCCUGAUGCUGUCACUUUAGAGCACGUCUCAGAGAGUGUGGCUUAUGACAGGUCCAGUGCUCCCAAGGACUGCCGAGUCUCCGGCUGGUUCGAGGGACCCGAAAACGAUGCCUCCGCUGCCGCCGAGAAGAUUUUGAUACUAACAGAGUUCUCCUAUGAUCUCAAUAAGAGCAAUGCACAGACCUUUCCCAUCUCUACUGUUGAUUCAAGCAUCAUCAACAUGGUCAGGCUGGACUUCACCUCCAACCAUGGCAGCUCGAGCCACACCUGCAUUUAUCGACUCCGGGUGCAUGGCUUUGAGCCCAGCUCUCCGCUAGCUACUACGACGGAGCAACCUUGAGCGAGAGAAAGCCAGUAAGAGAGUGGUACUGUGCACUUUCUUUAUUUUGUUUUUUUAUAUAGUUUGAUCAGAUAUGUUUAGGUUUCUGGUUGUAGAAUCCCCAAUUAUCUUAUUAAUACACUUCUUUAGUUAAAGGUUUGGGGGGUGACAUAUUGGAAUUGGCA